UACAAUGUUCAGAAAAUGAAACUUCAAGAGCAUACUCUCCCUCCAUACACUCUUAUCCAAUUUUGCUCUCAACAUUCCCAAAGAGUUUCUUUUCCCAUUGUCCUUAACCAUUGCUUAUCUCAGCAACUCACGCUACUUCUGUUUCCUUGUGAAGCAUUUUAUAGGCCUCCACCCUCAACUUGGUUUCACGCACAUUAUUCAAAGCACACCACCCCAUCUUCCAUUUCAGAGGUUUACCGUUUUUAUCGGUUGGAUUUUGCUGAAUGGAGAUUACAAGAGUUAGCCAGUGGUUAACUCUUCUAGUUUUUUGUGUAUUGCUAUUGCUAAAGGCAGAGGGAUCUUUUGUUCCAAUCACUCUUGUCGAGAAUGCAGUAUCAAAAGGAGCUGUUUGUUUGGAUGGCAGUCCCCCAGCCUAUCACCUUGAUAUGGGAUUUGGAGAAGGGAUUAACAACUGGAUUGUUCAGAUUGAGGGAGGGGGAUGGUGCAAUGAUGUUACUAGUUGCCUUUACCGUAAGAGCACUCGCUUAGGUUCAUCCAAGCAAAUGGAUGGGCAAAUUGGCUUUUAUGGAAUUUUAAGCAAUGAGAAACAGUUUAAUCCAGAUUUCUAUAAUUGGAAUAGAGUCAAGGUUAGGUACUGUGACGGGUCAUCAUUUACCGGUGAUGUGGAAGAAGUUGAUCCAACAACCAAUUUGCACUUCAGAGGAGCAAGGGUUUUUGCUGCUGUAAUGGAAGAUUUACUAACAAAAGGAAUGAAAAGCGCUGAAAAUGCUAUUCUCUCUGGAUGUUCAGCUGGAGGGUUGACUACUAUAUUUCACUGUGAUCACUUUAAAUCUCUAUUGCCUAGUGGAGCUAAAGUGAAAUGUGUUCCAGAUGCUGGUUAUUUUAUCAAUGUAAAGGACAUCUCUGGAGCACCACGCAUUGAAGAUUUCUAUCAUCAAGUUGUUGCAACACAUGGCUCAGCUAAGCAUUUGCCCACAUCCUGCACUUCAAAACUAAGCCCAGCACUGUGCUUUUUCCCACAAAAUGUGGCAUCACAAAUCAGUACCUCAAUCUUCUUUGUAAAUGCAGCCUAUGACUCAUGGCAGAUUAGGAACAUCUUGGCACCGGGUGUUGCUGAUCCCCGUGACCUUUGGCAUAGCUGCAAGCUUGAUAUAAGUAACUGCUCACCUGAUCAACUUAGUAUUAUGCAAGGCUUCAGGAUGGAAUUUAUAAAGGCAUUGAGCGUGGUAGGCAACUCCCCAUCUAAAGGAAUGUUCGUAGACUCUUGCUAUGUCCACUGCCAAACAGAAUCACAGGAGACAUGGUUCAGCGGUGACUCUCCACAGCUUUCCAAUAAAGUGAGAUACUGCUUUCCUUUCUCCCUUCUCCAGAAUAUGAAUGUUUCCAUGUGGUUUAUUAUUGUUAUUAUUAUUAUUAUCUUUCCCUUUGUAUCAACUGAAAGGCUAACUUGUAUGCAUGACAUUCUGCAGACAAUUGCCAAGGCAGUAGGAGACUGGUUUUAUGAUCGAAGCCCUUUCCAUACUAUUGAUUGCAGCUAUCCUUGCAACCCCACUUGCCAUAACCGUGUUUUUGAUCUGAAAGACCACCCAGGAAUAUAGAUUUGUCUA